GUGAGGCUUGGUGGGGCAAUCUGGGUAUGAAGUGGAUCCGGAUGCACAGGGGUUGGGCGGACGGGGGAGCAGCUCCCUGUACAGUGACCUAUCCCCCACAUGGCUGAGGAGCAAUGGAGGCAGGAAGGAGGAUGGUGCGAAGCUUCCUGCAGCUGAAGAGGUUUCGACAAGGGGGUCUGACCAGCCCUGGCCGCUUCUUGCAGGGGAAGAGGAAGUCCCAUCUUCCCCAGCCCUGCUGGGACUAGCAGCUGAGCCUGGCACAGGGUAGGAGCCACUGGCUCCCCCAGUGAUUUACUGCUUCGCUUGCUGCUUUGGAUGCCCGAAACAACGGACUCACACUGCUGGGGAGCAGCACAUGAUCGCUUUUGUGGCUUCCCUUUGUUUCCCCAUCACAGAGUCAUUUUUCUGUGGGGAAGCAAAGAAAUUUGCGGGGGAUAUGAGUUCUGCGCACAUGCAGUGGUGCAGAAUUCGCCCAGGAGUACUUUCAUGAGAGAAUAAACGCUGCUUACGAUGACUGAGUUAGAAGGAAGUGACUGAGCAUUCCUUGGGCUGGGCAGAGAGCUAUUCUUACAUUUGCCAUAAAGUACUUGUACUCCUGACUUCUGGUAAAUGUUGAAUGGGUCUGGAAUUUUGCCAUCAAGUUUCAUCCUGGCCCUUGACUUUUUUUUUUCCCCUCUUCCUCCCUUGAUCUAGGCUUGAUGCAACUCCUAGUGAAGUCAACAGGAAGAUACCAGACUCCAGUGAGAGCUGGCCUGGCCUUUAAAUGAGUUACUUUCACUGUUUGUUAGGGGACUUCUUACGCUGCUAAUAUUACAGAAUUGACAGUGCCUGUGUUCAUCUGCAAGUUAGCUUAAUAAAAUGAGGAACAAUGGACUGGCCCCCAACAAAGAGUCAACAGAUGCCGGGGGGAGGUGUCCCACCUGAAAUGGAGAUGAUCCGGAAAGCUGAAGCACUCUGAAUGAACCAACAUGGGUUUGCGAGUGUUGGGCUGUCUCUUUAAUUUACCCACUGCUGUGAUCUAUGGGUCCCUGUCGCUCUUUGUUUCCAUUUUGCACAAUGUGUUCCUCCUAUAUUACGUGGACACCUUUGUUUCUGUUUACAAGAUUGAUAAACUGUCCUUUUGGAUUGGGGAGACAGUGUUUCUAAUUUGGAACAGCCUCAAUGACCCUCUCUUCGGCUGGUUGAGCGACCGGGUAUUUCUUAGCACACAACAGUCAGGGGUGGAGAUCUCCUCACCAGAAGUCAUUCUUAAGAGACUUAAGGCACUGAGCCACAAUGGGCCCCUUUUUGCCAUCUCUUUCCUGGCUUUCUGGGUUUCAUGGGCCCAUCCAGGUCUCCAAUUCCUCCUCUGCCUCUGCCUCUAUGACAGCUUUCUUACCGUGGUGGAUCUCAACCACAAUGCCUUGCUCGCAGACCUUGCUGUUUCUGCAAAGGACAGGACUAGCCUAAAUUUCUACUGUUCGCUUUUUAGUGCCAUCGGUUCCCUCUCAGUCUUCAUGUCCUAUGCAGUGUGGAACAAAGAAGACUUCUUUUCUUUCCGGAUAUUUUGUGUGGUGCUAGCUCUCUGCUCUGUUGCUGGGUUUACUCUGGCAACGUGGUUGCUAAGACAACGAUUUGAGACUGAAGUGAAAGUGAAAUGGGACCAAGAGUCGACUUUAAAAGAAUUGUACAUUGAGCAACCAUCUGCCCCGCUGGAGAAGAGGAUUACACUGGGCGAAUACCUCAAACAGCUGUCCCGGCACCACAACUUCCUCUGGUUCGUCUGUAUGAACCUAGUACAGGUUUUUCACUGCCACUUUAACAGCAACUUCUUCCCUCUCUUCUUGGAACACUUGCUGUCGGAUCGGAUCUCUCUCUCUACAGGAUCCUUCCUACUAGGUAUUUCCUACAUCGCCCCUCAUCUCAACAACCUCUAUUUUCUGUCUCUCUGUCAAAGAUGUGGGGUUUACGCGGUGGUGCGAGGGCUCUUCUUCCUGAAGCUGGCUCUCAGCAUCAUCAUGCUUCUAGCUGGACCCGACCAGGUGCAUCUUCUCUGCAUCUUCGUAGCCAGUAACCGGGUGUUCACGGAAGGAACCUGCAAGCUGCUGAACCUGGUUGUCACUGACCUGGUGGAUGAGGAUUUUGUCUUGAACCGCAGAAAGCAGGCCGCCUCGGCGCUGUUGUUUGGGAUGGUUGCCUUGGUAACCAAGCCUGGCCAGACCUUUGCCCCCCUGAUUGGCACCUGGUUGCUCUGUACUUAUACUGGUUAUGACAUUUUCCAGCGGGCCCCUCUGAGCAACGUGGUGAGCGCCCAACCGAAGCUGAUGUCCAAUGCAGCCUGGGAACCAACUCUGCGCCAGGGCUGCUUUUACCUCCUCGUCUUCAUCCCCAUCACAUGUGCAUUACUGCAGCUCCUCAGCUGGUCGCAGUUCAGCCUGCAUGGAAGGCGCCUCCAGACGGUCAAGUCCCAGCGCCAGAGCCUGACUCAGAGUCGAUCACGAGAGAUCAAAAUGAUCUAGAUGUGCCUGAGCCCUUCGGCUCUCACUGACUCUGUGCUGUGGGUGUGGUUACGCCUCUCUGCAGUCCAGGGGAUGCAGACUGAGGCGAGGGGGCUUGCUGGCUAAGAACUAGAAGUGUUUACAAUUCAACUGUGAAAUGCUCACAAUGCAGACGUAUCCUCACUCCAGGGGGCAGUCGGUUUGGAAGGCAGGUGUGCCAGAGACAGGGGUGACUUGUGUGUGCUCAGAGUGGGGGCGUUUGCUCAGGCAAUCAGAUGGAGUCUUAGCUCUUGCACUUUCUGAGGUGCUGCUGAUCUCAAGGGAGGGUGGGUGACAGUGGCAUAGCGUAAAGGAGACAGACAUUCUAACACGGUCUCUAGUGCAGUAUCUCACCCUGUGGUGCAUCGAUGGGAGAUGCUGUUGGACCAGCCUCAUGGUGGUUUUGUGCAGUGCUGUCCAGGAGUCCUGGGCUCAGAGCAGCUCUGCACUAGAAAUUUUACCAGUGUGCUAGUUAAGGGGGUAACUUGUUUUAUUUUUUACUGCAAAAGUCCCAGUGUAGAUGCAGUUAUACCAGCAAAAUAAAGCUUUUGUGAAUAAGG